AUGGCGUUCAACUUUAACUGGCAUCCGUUAACAGCGGAUCCCGAGUUUUACUCUCGGGCUCGGGAUCUUCUUACAGCUGCUCUAAACAAGUCGCCAAAACCACCGAUUAUUGUUGCCGAUAUUCUCGUGACAGAGCUGAAUUUGGGGACCACACCACCGGAUCUGGAGAUAUUGGAGAUUGGCGAUCUGGCCGACGAUAGAUUUCGUGGGAUAUUCAAGAUGGAGUACUCUGGUGAUGCGUUUUUAACACUGCAGACGAAAGUUCAGGCAAAUCCUCUAAAUACUUAUUUGUCGACGGCACCUUCGUUUACUAGUCCACAGCCUCUUGCAGCAUCAGCACCCCUCACAAUACCUCUCCAGAUCACACUAUCAGACUUCCGGUUGUCCGGUUUUGUCAUUUUAGUCUUCUCAAAAGCGAAAGGCGUAACACUGGUUUUCAGAAACGACCCUCUGGAGUCUUUGGUCGUCAGCAGCACAUUCGACUCGAUACCUUUCAUUAAGGACUACCUCCAAAAGGAAAUAGAGAAACAGCUACGGAACCUUUUCCAGGAAGAACUACCGGCUAUCAUUCAUAGAUUAUCUUUAAGAUGGUGGGGACAAGAUUAUGAUUCAGCUUCGAACAAUACCCUCCGAUCACCUAUGACCCAGAAUCCGACACUCAAUAGCGGUCCGUCGUUAUCAGCAAAGUCUUCCCUCGAAAAUCUAGGCGAACAGGCAGAAAAUGGAGGAUCCCCACAGCAGCAGACGUUUUCCUUUAACAGCGACUUGGAAUCCGACACCUUAUCGUCAAAAGGUUUACUAAGGCUAGCAACCCUAACAGAUUCGCAAAGAACCUUGAGUUUAUUUACGCCUUCAAUUCGAGAGGCGAUAUACAGAGCUUGGGCCACAACGAGUGAAAGAAGCGACCCUACAUCUACACCCUCAUCGGCGAGUGGCACGCAUUCUAGCACAGCAUAUUCAAUGGAUGGAAAUGGUGCCAGACCUGGCUUAGUGGCUAUGGCUUCUUCCCUUUCGAUAUCUAGCUCAUCUGGUGGGCUGGGCCCCAACGGUCGACCUGUCACUAGAUCGAGUGCACUAGGCAAGAAAAAGAAGACUAGAGUCGUUAACUUGCGGCGGAAGAAAGAUAUGUCGACAUCCGAUGGGGACACGAGUUCAAUCGCCGGCUCUAGCGUUCCAGAGUCCAUCACAUCAUCUAUGGAAGUCGGAUAUGAAGAGAAAGAGCAUGUCGAGGCGAACGAGGCGAUCAACUCCAUCCCGGAGAUCAAGAUUCCACCUCCAUCACUAGCAAUAAAUGAUAGACGGGGGGAUUAUGUGGACGUAUCCCCGCUACGAUCACCCACUGGACGAGACAGUUUCUUGGCAAAUCGGACAGCUCAUCAUGCAGGCUCAGACACCAAGAUACCCCCGACACCCUCCACGCCAUCCCCACCGCCACAACAAACCUCGCAACAACACAUUUUAUAUCCUUCGGAGAAAGGCAUGCCGUUCCAUUCGUCAGAAUAUUCUAGGGAAAACUCUACGCCAGCUUCCCUCUUUUCGGGCCAGUACUCGCCACAAUACCAGCCGCAGCAGCUUUCGCCAGGCCAUCACAGUUCUGCUUCUUCAGUUUCGAUGGAGAAUCCAUUCUUGGAAUCUAGAGGUCGAACUGGUUCGUCCAGUUCCAUUGCUGAAAAGGCAUGGAUGAUGAAGAUGGCUGGUGAGAUGGCGCGACGGUGGGGUGAGGAACGGCUCAGGAGAGAGAAGGCGGAGGAACUCCUAGAUGACCGACGACGACGGGGCGGAAGCUCGCCUCCCCCAGCUUACCACCAAAGCCAAUAG